UUUCCUGAAGCAGAAAGUAUUGAGCUUUUACGGUUUCCGCUAAAAUAGUAUCCAAAAAAAUCAAUUUCAUACAAAAUAACUUCAAGUUUGUUUUUAUAGUUCCCGCGAAAAUAGUCUCCAAAAAAUUAAUUUCAUAAAAAAUAAUUUUAAGUUUGUUUUUUUCGGGUUCAUCUGCUCGCCCCUCUCUCUCCCCUGCUGCUAAAUCCUAUUUUACAGAGAGAAAGAGAGGGAUUUCGUGGACACACUUUCCUUGUUCCAACAGUGCAACUGCAAACUUCCGCUGACAUUUUCUGACCAUCUCAAAUCUCUCUCUCUCUUGCUACCUCGCAUAAUCGCUAAUAAGUUCACAAAACUUUUGGGGCGUUUCAUUUUGCCUGGAUUCUGAAAAGGUUGAGAUAUUACUAUCUCAGAGGAAGGAAAACCUAGUUUCAGUUCAAGCUCCAAGAAUGUCUGUUUCUCUCUAAGCGUCCCCCUUUUCUAGGGGGCAGAAAUGGAUGGCUUUUCAUGCUAUUAUUGGGGCUUACCAUGCCACCAGAGCGACAUUUUAUGACCUUUCUUCCAUAGGCCUUAUGUCAAAGGCAUGAUGAUUGAUGAUUGGUAAAUGAAAAUCCCACCAGCCUCGUAGCUAGCCAGUGAAUCCACACACUAUUGCUUUAGCCACUUCCUGGUCAUGAUUUCCUACCAUUUUGCAGGCUGAAGCAUACAUUGUCAUAUGUUUCAUUGUGUCAAGGAUUUGAUGUUCUGACAUACCAUCUAUAUUCCAAUUGACUAUAGUUCUUCCUGAAUAAGAUGUGGUAUGGGAUAUUAAGUCUUCUUCAAAUUGGAUAUCUACUGGUGUAGGUCUAUGAUGGUGUAGGUGUUACUGAUUGGGGUUGUCUCAUUCCAAAUUCAAAGUUACGAAUUUCAAUCAACAUAGAAGCUUGAAUCAUGUCAGUGAGAUUGCUUUUUCGCUAUGGUGGUUCCUUUGAGCAUAACUUGAAUGACGGUCGGAUUUAUUACAAGGGUGGGAAUUUAAAAGCCACAAUGUAUAGCGGGGAUAACUCACUCGGGCAACUAAAGGCUCAUCUGGGGGCUAGAAUAUGUUGUGACCCAAGCAAUUUGAGCAUCAUGUAUCAAGAAAAGGAACUUCCAAACACGGAUUUAGUUGAAUUAAGCGAUGAUGGGGAUGUCAAAUGUAUGCUAAUGGUCGCUUCCGAGGUUUACCUAUGUGUCGCAAACCAACCAUUGGAACCAAUUGUUGCGGAGCAUCAACCGACUGAAGUUGGUGUUGCUCCAUCAACAAAGAGCAGCUGUCCCAAUGAACCAGUGACUGUCCCUGUUACCAAUAAUGAAGUUCAAGAGUACGAGUCAAAAUCUGAGCACGAGCUACAGAUCCAACGUGAUGGUGACAACCUGGAACCCUCAGGCAGCCGACACACAUCAAAAUGCAUGCAAGUAGGCCUAUGUGUUGGACAAGAUUUCGAUACUGUCAAGGAACUACGCGAUUAUUUAGUUGACUAUGCCAUACAUGAGAAUUUCAUCGUGAAGUACUUGAGAAAUGAUCAAGAACGGGUUAUUGCAUUCUGUGCUGGAGAAGGUUGCAGUUGGCGUGUCCGGUGCUCCAAGGUCGGAUCUACAAAAAUUUUCAGGGUGAGAGAAAUGAUAAAUGAGCACACUUGUGGAAGACUAAUGGGUACGGCUCAUCAACCAUUAGCACGAAGCCAAUGGGUGGCAAAAAAGAUUAAAGCUCGCCUAAAUGACCAGAUGGAUCUCACACCCAAAGAUAUUGCAAAUGUUGUUCAAAAUGAUCAUGGUGUCCCAUUAUCAUACAUGCAAGCAUGGCGGGGUAUAGAAGCUGCGAGGGCAAUGAUCCUGGGGUCCGAAGCGCAAUCAUAUAGACCAAAGAAGCAGCGCAAACCGACAAAAGUGAAAGACGCGAGGGCUUACUAUUGUAAACAUUGUGGUGCUUUGGGCCACAAUAAGAGGACUUGUAAAGAGCCCAUUCAUAAUAUGAUGCCUGAGACAUCCGCACAAGCAAGUGGGCCUGCAUCAUCUGUCCGGACUUCUACAUAGAAAAUCGGCUGUUUUUGAAAAUUGAACAUGUGAUCAAUGAUAUUUAAUAUUUCUUUCACA